UUAAGGUUGGAGUGCUUUUGAUUGUGUUUCACAACGAACUCGAUUCGAUCAAAGACCGCUGAAACGGCUUCCCCUUGCUACUUGACUGUACGCGACAUUACGUGUUCCUGUCAAUUAAGCCAGCACUUGAGCUAUAAUGGCUAUGUAUCACAACACAGCUUCAUGUAUAUCAUCCAGCACUGAGCAUAGCGAUCGACACAUCCACCAUCUUGACAUUCGCUCCACUAUCCUCGAGCAUUAUGACUCUAGUCUCAGAUGAUCCUGUUUGGUGGCCAUCCAUCAAUUCGUAUCGUAUCGCCAGCUAUUUUAUAGUUGCCGCCUCUGCUGGGGUGAUGUACGAUUGGGUAUUGACAUUCGGAUAUGAGGUUGAACUGAUUUGGCGGCAACACUGGUCCCUCAUGACCGGCCUGUAUCUCAGUGCGCGCUAUCUUGGAAUAAUCUACGCAGCCAUCGGCUUGCUGAUAUAUGUUCCAACAAUUUCUUUGACGGGUGCAGUGAGCCGUAUCAUAUAUGUCAUAUCAAAUUCGAUGAUCACAAUCGUAAAUGCAAUACUAGGUGUCAUCAUGAUCGCUCGGUUGCACGCCAUGUAUCAGCGCAGAAAGAUGCUAAUAUUUCUCUCCGCCGUGCUCCUGGCUGUCACCAUCGCCACUGGAGUGACCAUAACAAUAAUAACGAUGCAUCUAUCAGAGGAGGAACUUAUUCUCUCCGGCACCUAUCAGUGCUCUGUUCAACUUGGGGACAAUACAAAUCUCACUUAUUCCAUGUAUUGGACGUUUAUCACUGCAUGGGAGCUCCUCGCAUUGUGUCUCGCAAUCUGGAUUGCCGUCAAACACUUUCGUGAAUUGCAACGACCGUCGACCGGAUGGAUUAUCAGGGACUGUUUUAUGGUGUUAACGAAGAGUCAUUUGCUUUACUUUGUAAGCUUUGUUGCCGUCUCUUGUUGGAAUUUCGGUUAUCUGUCUCCAGCUCUCACGGCGGACCCAUUUACACUCGAAGGUCAGAUUUAUCCGGGUCUUACUCAGAUUUUCCUGCUCGUCCAGUUGUUCGUGCUGGGACCACGCUUGAUACUCAGCGUUCGAAAAUAUCAUGCUAAGAGCGUUUACGACUCUGAUGCAACAAUAGGCAUCACUUCAGUUUACCUCCAGGAGCGCGUGCAUGUGUUGACUGGCUAACGACAGUGUGUAGCAUGGGAAAUAAGUUCGCUGUAAUUUAUGUCUGUCGGGUAUUCUGCAGAGGAUUAUUAGUUUUAUAUCAAGUUUCAUCGUAGCACUUAAUACUUGUGCAUAAUAUAUUUCGCGGUCUGGACAGGCGAGGAUGUAAGACACCAUAUGC